CUGAGUUCAGAGUUGUGCAUAUUUAAGCGGGCCCCUGAGGAACGCACCUCGAGCCGCAUCCAACAGUGGUCGAAUAGGCUCCGUUAGACCUUUCCUCGUUCCUUUGAGUUUUCAACCUGUGGCCGCCCACGUUCGUUCAUUUCUGGCAUACCAACAGCCCAUAUUAAACUUGCUUGGAUUAGUUCGUUAUCAGACGAUUUUCUCCAAGUAAUCAAAGUUCAGUAUGACCGUGAUGUCGGGGCCCAGUUUUGCGGCCUACUCGUGGUCGGCCCAGGUCGGCGGUUUCGGCAAUCAAACAGUUGUCGACAAGGUGCCAGCCGAAAUGUUACACCUGGUCGAUUCUCAUUGGUAUCAGUUUCCCCCCAUGAACCCCCUGUGGCACGGAAUCCUGGGGUUCGUCAUCGCAUGCCUAGGGUUCGUAUCCGUGAUUGGAAACGGGAUGGUCGUCUACAUAUUCUGCUCGACGAAAACGCUCCGUACACCGAGCAAUCUUCUCGUAGUCAAUUUGGCCUUUUCGGACUUCCUCAUGAUGUUCACCAUGUCCCCACCGAUGGUGAUCAAUUGUUAUUACGAAACUUGGGUGUUUGGACCGUUGAUGUGCGAGAUAUACGCGUUGUUUGGUUCCCUGUUCGGAUGUGGCUCAAUCUGGACAAUGACAAUGAUCGCUUUUGAUAGAUACAACGUAAUCGUCAAGGGACUGUCGGCCAAACCAAUGACCAUCAAGGGUUCGCUACUUCGCAUUUUGGGUGUCUGGGCUUUUGCUGUUAUAUGGACAAUUGCACCCAUGUUAGGCUGGAAUAGAUACGUGCCAGAAGGGAACAUGACUGCCUGUGGCACGGAUUAUCUGAGCAAGGAUUGGCUGUCAAGGUCUUACAUAUUGGUGUACAGCUUCUUUGUCUAUUAUCUGCCACUCUUCAUGAUCAUCUACAGCUACUACUUCAUUAUAUCAGCUGUAUCAGCCCACGAGAAAUCGAUGCGCGAACAAGCUAAGAAAAUGAACGUGGCUUCGUUAAGAUCUUCUGAAAAUCAAAAUACAAGCGCUGAGGCGAAACUUGCCAAGGUUGCUUUGAUGACGAUCUCUCUUUGGUUCAUGGCAUGGACGCCUUAUCUGGUCAUCAACUACGCUGGGGUUUUCGAAUCCGCCAAAAUCAGCCCUCUCUUCACUAUCUGGGGCUCCCUAUUCGCUAAGGCAAACGCUGUUUACAAUCCAAUCGUCUAUGGCAUCAGCCAUCCGAAGUACAGAGCUGCACUCUUCAAGAAGUUCCCAUCAUUAGCCUGUGGUGGUGAUGCAGGACAUGGCGGAGACGCUACCUCAACGGUUUCCGGCGUCACAACACUGACGGAGAACGAGAAGCCUGCCGCAUAAGUUCAUUGCGAUGGAAACUAAAUUCGCCUGACGUGAUAAAGAAUUCCAAAUUUUCAAAAAAAGGGGGGAAUAAAUUUUGCAAAAGAUACAAUUUAACAUGCGUAAAACAAAAUGAUUAUAAAUGAAACGAGAACCACGUUCUUCAAUUGAUAUACAGGAAUUCGCGCUCAGCAGAUGCCGAUUGUAAAUAUUAAAGUAAAGUCGCGAGAAACUUCAGAAUAUGCUGAAUAUUGUUAACGAAACAGUAGUAAGAAAAAAAAACUAAAGGCCGAGCGAAUUCUGUGUGCUUGUCAGUUGAACAACUGAGAGUGGUGAAAAAGCAUUCUGCUGGAAGUGGCAAGAGGAAAGGAACGCGAAAUUGACAUACGGAAAAAGGAAUGAAUAUACCUGCCAACUCUUUGGUCUCUUUUAUUUUUUACAAUAUGGCCUUGGCGAUGAAUUCUUGCUCGGCAUUUAUCCUUGAACUUGUUUCUCGAAUAUCACCACAAUUCGAGACGAAUUACAGUUCACCGAUUAUCCGAAACAGGAAAUCUCAUCGCCUGUAUUCUGUAAACUUAUUUUAGCUUAUUCUCGGCACUAAAUACGACUUCACCUUGAAACUGGCACUUUGGCUUUAUGACAUUGGAUAUACUGAUUGGCAAAGACGCCAUGUGUGUUUUAUUUUUAAAGAUUGAAUAAAUCCUGCAUGAAAAUUAAA